UCACGAUGGAACAAUGAGACUCAAAAACACCGUCGCCGACAUCAUGAUGUGGCCGUGCCUGCAUUCAUGGUCCUCACACUGCAUCGCACACAAGCUAGGGUGUCCCGUGUGUGUGCACACAUGGCCACCACCGCAUGAAUGAACCAAAGCCACCACCAACUACUCUACCGCAACACCGAAACCAAUCAUGAGCUACACCUCAACACGCCCCCCACCGCCCGUGGGUGGCCGUCGUCCCCACUACAGCACAAACUCGCUCUCCUCCACCCCCUUGACGUCGCUGAGCUUGAUCAUGAACAGUGACCCAGCGGAGGGGUAUUUCUGCAGCUCCUCAUCGGUCAUCCGUCGGCGAGUAGUGGUGAUGAAGAGGGUGUCCAGGUUCUUGCCACCGAACGCUACGCAUGUCGGAUUGGGAACCGGCAGUGCGAUCUCGCGGUCAAUCCUGGCCGAAAGGGAAGGAGAGGGGCAUACAUGGGCAUGGUUUUCCCUGUGUGUCUGUGUGUGCGUGCGUGUGCAUGGCGCUUACUCUCCCUUGGGUGAGAUGCGGAUGACCUUGCCCUGUCCGAACCAUGCAGUCCACAGAUAGCCCUCCGAGUCAACCGCACUGACGAUGGACAGCAGAUGGACACACAAUGCAACAUGAUGCUUUCCGUCCCGUCCCUCUGCCUUGUCCCACUCACUCACCUGCCAUCGGUGAUGCCCUCCUUGUCUUGUGGCAUCUUCCAGAACACCUCCAUCUUGUCUUCCUUGACCGUGCCCGUGUCGGCGUCAUACGCGUACGAGCGGAUCUCCUUCGUCGGCGAGUCACAGAAAAACAUCGUCGACCUGAGAAAGAUACACGCAACCACACACAUGUGAGAGAGAGAGAUCGAGAUCGGAUGGAGCGAUUGAUGAAAUGUGUCAAUUCUGACCCGUCGAGGCUGAAGGCGAGGCCAUUGCCCACCUUGACGCCCUGCUGUACAAGCUUGGUGAGCUUGCGGGAGGCGUCCAGCCGCCAGAUGCCGGCGCUGGCCUUGCCGUCCUCGCGGUAGUUCUCGUUGUAACCACUGAUGACGAACCUGAUGGCAGCCAAAAAGGUAAGUCACACCAUCCCACGUGAGUGCAUGGCCGGCUGCCUUGUCUCCCUGGCCGCCUACCUCCCCUGUCUGUCUGCGCGUCCAUCGUUGGCGCGAGUGUUGGAGAUGUCGGCCUCGAAGUCGUCCAGCUUCUCGAUGACCUUGUUCUCCUCCAAACUGUACAGCGACACGCUAUCUUCAAACGCUACCAGCAGCUUCUUCGUCGGCGACGCGCCCUUGACCAGUGCGAAGGAUCCCGGCCGCUUGGGCACGUCCCACUUCUCCGCUGUGUUGCUCUCAGGAUCAUACGCCCUGCCAACAUCCACCCACACGAGUCGAGUUAGUUGUGCCCGUGUGCUGCUGGUGGCACGAGAGAGAGGAGUUCGCCUCACCAGAUCUGUUUCCCUUGGAUGUCAACCCACAAGAGAUUCUGCAGCUCAGGAGACCAAAUCGGGCACUCGCCUGCACAGGAAGAUCAGCAGCCAGCCACAUCAGAGCAACGCAUCUACCAUUCCAUCUUUCACCCUCACCGAGCACAUUUCGGCUGUCGUAGGCCAGCUCUGCCGUGGCGACCAUCUGAGUCUUUCGAGCUUCGAAUGCAGCGGGGCUGUUGGCGCACUUGCCCGGGGAGGCGCAGGUGGGGGAAUGCGGGACAGCGGCUGCCAGGCGUGAGGCGGAAUGCACUUGAAAUGCCUGGACAGUCCAGACGAAAAAAGUUGAGAUAUAUGGGCGGGCAAGGCGAUUGCAAGAAC